AUGACAUUUAUUGUCUAUCCUCGAACUCAAUUCAUAAGUGAUGAGAAAAGUAAUGAGGUUAAUGUUCUUGAUCUCAACCAGUCGACCAUAUCAUGCUAUCAUUUUCCGUCUCUUGCCAAAUUUGCAAAAAAUCAUUCUCCCAGUCCAAUGCCCUUAGGUGAAACAAGAAACUAUAAGAGGCUGAAGCAGGUACCAAGUGGAGAUGAAUCAAUCGGAACUGAAGGCAAUUUUCAUGGUAGCGAAGGAAGCACGAGUACUAAAACCUUGAGUAGCUUGCCAGGACUCCAAUUUCGUGAUCAUAUAUGGUCUUAUAAUCAGAGAUACUUAGCAAUUGAGGCCAUGGAAGAAGCAGCUGCAAUGAUGAUGGGAGGUGAAGAACACAAGGUUCAGGAAGAAGGGAGUGGAGACGAGGUCAAACCAGUCCAACAACUCAUUGCUUGUGCUGAGGCUGUGGCUUGUCGUGACAAAGCACAUGCUUCAACAUUACCAUCUCUGCUAAGAGCUAAUGCCCCGGUCUUUGGAAUUGCAUUUCAGCGAGUUGCUUCCUGCUUUGUCCAGGGGCUCUCUGACCGCCUAGCUAUGGUUCAACCACUUGGGGCAGUGGGAUUCAUAGGCCCGGCAGUGAAAACAUUGGCUUUUACUUCAGAGAAGGAUGAGGCCUUACACCUUGUUUAUGAGAUUUGCCCACAAAUCCAAUUCAGUCAUUUUAUAGCCAAUGCAUCAAUUCUGGAAGCCUUUGAGGGGAAAAGUUCUGUUCAUGUGGUGGACUUAGGCAUGACUUUAGGCCUGCCACAUAGGCACCAAUGGCGCAAGUUGAUUCAAAGCCUUGCCAACCGUAAAGGCAAACCAGUUAGCUGCCUUCGAAUUACUGGUGUUGGUAACUCUUCUGAGCGCCUCCAAGCAACUGGGUUUGAGUUAGAGCUCUAUGCCAAAAGCUUAGGAUUGAAUUUUGAAUUUUUAGUGGUGGAAAGCAACUUGGAAAACCUGAAACCUCAAGAUUUCAAAAUUCUUGAUGGAGAGGUUCUAGUCAUCAAUAGCAUCCUUCAGUUUCACUGUGUGGUAAAAGAAAGCCGAGGAGCUUUAAAUUCUGUGUUACAGAAAUUACAUGAGCUAUCACCAAAGGUUUUUGUUCUAGUUGAGCAAUUGUUUGACUCCUUAGAUACAAUGCUGACCAGGUAUGACACAAGGCGAGCUAAAAUGGAGCAGUUAUUUUUUGCAGAGGAGAUUAAAAAUAUAGUAAGCUGUGAGGGUCCAGCGAGGGUGGAUCGGAUUAAAUUGGCCAUCUUUUACAAGUUGUAG